UCAUACAAAUUCAUCUGCCAUUGCCAAAACACAAAUCAACCAAAUUCCAUCUCAGUUCAGAGGUUUUGUGAUGAGUUUUAUCGUCGGAAGAUUGGCGGCAGGCAAAGAAGGCGCUUACUUCUUACAAAAAUCCAAGCACGCCGUCGGUCGACUCGUUGAAAAAACCAAUAAGUCCACCACUGCCGUCACUAAUCGUCCUCCGGCGCCCACAAUUCAUGAAGUCCCUGACAACCAAAGCGAUAUCCUUCCGGAGAUUUUGAAGCAUAAUUUACCGUCAAGGAUUUUCCGACCACCUUCCGAUUCGACUCUGUCGACUGGAUCCAAGUGGCUUCUCAACUCCGAUGAAAGCAACGGCGUCUCUUCUGUAUCACGUGAUGCUAUAAACCCUCUUAGGGCUUACGUAUCCCUUCCCCAAGUCACUUUUGGACCCAAAAGAUGGCAGUUUCCUAACACAGAGCAUUCAUUUUCUCCUUCAACCGCAAAUGAACUGCGUAAUGACAAGUACACCCCAAUUAAUCCUGAGAAGUUGAAGGCUGCAGCUGUUGGAUUAUCACAAAUUGCAAAAGCAUUUGCUGCUGCCACUGUUAUUAUCUUUGGUGGAGCCACAUUGACUAUUGGACUUGCAGUUUCACAGCUUGAGCUACAUACAACUGAUGAUAUUCGAACCAAAGGAAAAGAUAUCAUUCAACCAAAAUUCGAAUCAAUCAAGGAACAAAUGGGCCCUUUAAGAACUUGGGCAGAAGGAGUAGCUAAGGAAUGGCAUAUGGAGAAAAAGGAAGACAUGAAAGAGAAGCCUCUAAUUAAAGAGCUUUCAAGAAUGUUGGGUGCCAAAAGAUUUACCUAAUAAGUCAAAAGUCAGUAGAUUUCUUCUACUUUGUUAUACAUGCGAAUGAUCAUUUU